AGUUUUACAACACAAACCGAUAUGUUCUCGUUUUCUAUCAUGGCAUACCAAAUUAUGUUUCCAAGUAGUGUUUUACCCAUGCAUAUAACUCCUUUUCAACACAUGAUAGGUUUGAAAAAUCAUUGGCGUGCAUCAAUUCCAGCAUUCAAAAGCGAAUUGUUUAAAAAGGUACAUGGACUAAUAGAAUUGUGUUGGUUUGAACAGCCGGCAAAGAGGUCAUCAGCCAAAACAUUUAACAGUGAUUUAAGAUAUAUUAUCGAAAAUACCAGCAGUCUUUCUCCAAAAAAAGGUUCCAAUGAAGUAAUUCAACCUGCUACCACGCCUUCAAUGGUCAAUGAAAAGACUAAAGAAGUGAUUGAACGCUCCAACACUUCUUUGUUGAAAAAUUGUGAGCGUAAAGAGCCUAAACCAGCGGUGUGUACUUUUUUUACCAAAUUUGCAAAAUGUAGAAUAAAAUAUUUACUCACACAUCUGAAAGAUGUACUACGAUUCUUUAAUAACAGUCGCACAGGAAAUUCAUUAUACCAAAUUUUCAUUUUUGCUGCUGAUUGACAGUACUAACACUCCUUUGUCUAACAAAUUUGGUGAUAACAAGAUCAAUGCAAUUGCAAGUACUUUUCUUUUACACAAUUUACGAAACAAAAAAAGCAAUACCACAUUAUCCGUUUUUACAAGAGUAGCAAAAAAUAUUUAUGAUGCCUUUUUUGAAAUUUUGUGAAGGAAUCUUAUUAUAUCAAAUUUCCAUCUUUAUUUUAGAUUGAAAGUACCAGCACACCAGCGUGUAAGAAAAAAUCCCAACCAGUCGUAAGUCUUUUUUUAAAAAUAAUUUUUAAGUUAUAAAACAAAAUAUUUAUUUAUGUAUUACCAUUGCAAUUUGCUUCCGUAUGGACACUUCACAAACAGUCGUACAGAAAAUUUAUUAUAUCGAAUUUCCAACUUUGUUAUAGACUACUAGGACCCCUUUGUUAA